AUGCCCUCCUCCGAUCGAAGAAGUGGAGGUGACGACAACAUACCAAUUACCUCGUAUCGGGGGGCGGUUUUGCCCGAGUUGAACAGCGGCCUGCAGCGGGUUGGCCACACCAUUGUGGUCUACAGGCAUGACUUGUACCUCUACGGGGGCUAUGGGCCCAAGAAUGUCUACCCGACUGGCAUCUUUUGCAACGUUAAAAUGACAUUGCAGUGGCGGGAGAUGCGUGGAGUUGGUGUGGUUCCAGGAGGACGCGCUAACCACAGUGCCAUCAUACACGAAAGGAAAAUGAUCGUGUUUGGUGGCCAUCGUAAUUUGGAGGUGCUUGAUGAUCUGUACAUUGUCAACCUUGAAAACAUGCGGUGGGAGAAGGUGAAUUGCGAGCGAGCCCAAGGGCCUGGGCCUGUCUUUUCACAUGUGGCCGUGUACGUGCCGCCAACGCAGGCAAUGGUGGUUAUUGGAGGAUUUCAUCAGCGUCAACACAACAUGUACAUCGCACAUUCCUUUGAUAUUAGAAACCGAGUAUGGAAUGGAAUUCGCGGACCGAAUUCCGUGAACCCGCUUCAUGUGCAACAGUGCUGUGCAACAUAUCACAGCUCAACUAGCUCCAUCAUCGUUAUUGGAAUCGUGGAGGAAACUGUAUUGCUGACUGCUCCAUGUGAUACACCCAGUGUAUUCAUGAUGAAUGUGCAUUCCGGUAUGUGGGUGGAAGUCAAUACUCCGGCUUCUCCAGAAACUCCCAUUCCAUUCCGCAUCACUAGCGUCUGGGAAUAUUUUAUCCGAGACGUGAUUAGCCUGGGUGGCGUCUAUGACGAUAGCCGCCAGGAAUGGCUGUUUCCAAUGCUGUUAUCCUCCAUUGAGAGUUUUCUAAUGUGGAGAAAGGUGGAGAAGUCUUCCUCGUCGGUGGCGACCGAUUCGAAAAACCGGGCAAGGGCGAAGUUGACCAGUUAUGGUUUUUUUAGACUGCAGCUGCGUGACAUGACGUGGUCCGUCGUCCCCAUAAAUUUUCCCAGACGAGUGUUGGCGGAGUUGAUGGCGCGCAAAACCUCGCGACGCGGCUCCGUGGCCGACCAACGCAUCAGGGCUGCGGGACAGCGCGGUAGGGCCUCGAUAGAGAGUAAACGACCGCUGCCGGUCUUUUCCGCCAGCGGCGUUUCACGCUUUCAGCGGAAGUACGCCUUCGCGACGACGGAGUCCUCGGCGAUGCGUGGAGGAGCCCGUGCGCCCUACAAACUUAUCGUCAUGCACGGUGGCCUUGCGACGGACGACUACGUCAUGCUUCUCUUCACGCCAUUUUUAAAGCGGCGAACGUCACACGCCGCCAACCCGGCGGACACUUUUAUUGCCUUUGGCGAAGUGGAUUCACUCGCCACCUCAAUCAAUUCGCGGAGCGGCAGCACCGGGGGGCACUCCAGCGUGGGGUGGGACGAAGAACAAAGCGUCUUGGAGAACGAGCUCUCUCGCCUGAUGUCGGGGGGUGAAAGGAAAAAGGAACUCCGCUUCUUUUCUGACGAGGUUGCCGACCCCAAUCUCUUGGUUGGCCGGGCGCACCGCCUCAGCAGCGACCCCACCCUCCUGCCGCUGCUGCCAAGCACCCGUGGCGGCAACAACGCCCAACGCUUCGCGGUCUUGUAUCAUCCUCGGAACGCGGUUCACACUGACAAACUCCUGCCAGACCCGGCAUGCCCUGUCGCGGUGUUGGACAAGGACUCUGACGUCGCGGCGUGGGCGGAAAACUUCUACGCAGAGACGAGGCAGUGGAUUGCCUCCAGCUUGGGGGUGGUGCGGGAACAAGAAAAGGCGGCACGUCGAAAAAAGAGGCGAAGGGGCUCCACCCGGACGGCAACGGAGGACAGCGAUGACAGCUCCUCCAGCAGCAGCUCGACACCGACAAAGGACUCUGGUGAGACGCGGGAUACGCAAGGGUUGUCGGUGCCGCAGGAAACGGCCCCCACAAAGCCAAAAGACUUUUUUCUCGACAAGAAUUUGGAGGUUUUUGAUUUCAAAGACGUCGAAAUUCGGCGAGUUUCGUACUACAGCAAGACGCCUUUUAUAUUGCCUGGGGAAGCACCGGAGAACAUUGGUAGGCUGCGUAUGAGAGUUAAACGAACUCAUGAGGUUCAACGACUUCCCACCGCCGUGUUUCAACGCUCCUCGCUAGGGAACGUCACAGACGUUGGUGGAGCCACUGCAUUUCUUAUCAUGACUUCCGCCCUUGCGCGGUUUGCUGAUGCGUCAUAUGAGGCCGGACGGCAGCGGGCACUUAUUCGGUGGCGCUACCUUCGCGUGAUGGUGUUGAACGGCGAGGCAAAUUUUAUUAUGCAUCGCGUGAAUCAGGAAGAGGCAAAGGUGCGUGGAAUAGACGUCUCGAGUACCUCGCAGCUCACACUCGCGCCGGAGCUGCACAAGAAAGGAUUGGCUGUGAAGGUGCCUACCAGACCCGUUCCCUAUGCUGUUCCAGUCAAGCCCUCCGUUAAGGUUCGGUCGACUGAGGUGACAACAAGCGGGCUUGUGCUCUAUCACUGUGACAGGAAUAAUAGAUGA